AUGGACCUGACGACAAAAUCCAGUGAACCUGAACUUAAAACAAUGGAUGUUUCCUCUACAAGCACAGUAACGAAUGGCGGAGGUGGACGGAAAACAUCGACUGGUUUAGUUCCAUCACUGAAUCGGCUACGAAUACAACAAUGCUUCAAAGCGGCCAGACCGACAAUCGGUGAAGCAAUCCUGAAACGUGCCACUAGUAAUCGCCCUGAAAUGCGUACAUUCAUGAACCGUCUCACUGAACAACAGAUUGAGCUCAUGGGAAAGCAGUUCUACACACUUAUCGCUCAUUCAGUGGAGAAUAUCGAACGGCCCGAAUUGGUUCAACAACAUGCACGAACUCUAGGCGAAACGUAUGCAGCAUUAUGUAGAGUCGGCUUCAGACCUGACUAUUUCACAUCCCUUGCUGAUGCCGCAAUUGCAGAAUGCGUCAAACUUGACGGAGGCGCACAUAAGAGAUGCGAGACACUUUUGGCAUGGAGUCAAUUGAUCGGCGCUAUUUUUACAUCAGUUCGGGACGGGUAUUACAAUCGUGUGCGCUAUCAAAGACGGUCGUCAUUACCGCAGACUGUGGUUUCGAAGCAACAAUCUACAGAGCUUUCAAUGAAUAGCGAUCAUGGGACCUAUAUACAAUAA